AUGGCCCCUGCCAAGCUCCCACCGCGUCUGUGGAACGAAUGCGUGGACGCUAUUCCUAGAUACCGCGCGAUGAAGGAGAAGAAGAAGUCGGAGGAGUUCUGCAAAGAGUUUGCUAAGGAGUUGUUGAAGAAGUACCCUGGCGCGGACGUUACCGUCCCGGGCGACACGCCAUUUGUUCAGAGGAUUCGCAAUUGGUUUGGUAACCAAGGACGUCCCCAUCGGAACCCGCAAAAGAUGUCCGUGAAUGAGAAUGGCGACGAAGUUGAAGAGCCCAGGCCGACGCCCAGGCCGAGAAGGCGCGUGAAGAAGGAGAAGCCUACGUCUGAGGAAGCCAUGAAGAAGGUUGCGGAUAUGCUUGCCGCGAAGAAGCAGAAGCAUGUUCAGUACGAUGACUAUUACCUGGAGAACUGGGAGAAGGGCCUGAAGGAGCGUGCCGACGAGAAUUGGACGAUGUUCUGCCCCCUACUUCCCGAAGGCACCGAUCUCGAGACUGCGCGCGCUCAAUUCAACCAUCGAUUCGCCGCUAUGGAGCUUGCCAGCCAACUGCCUCGGGUCAAGAAGUCUCUGUUGCACGCGCAGAGCGAUGUCAAGACAGAAGGUACCACCGACGAUGACGUCCCUUUCGAGGCCCGCGUCCACAUCCAGGAGUUGGUGGAGAUGGCCGAUAAACAACAAGUUCUGAAAGCGUCUUGUCAAGCCAUAGUCAAUACGCUGUACAAGCAAACCGGGAUGUCUUGCACGCUCCUGAUAGGCGGCUGCGAUAUCAUGAGCAACGGGAGCGUAUGGCAAGAUGCAUAUUCGACUCAGCAUCCUGGUGGUCAGACGUUUCUUUCUUCCAAAUACUAUACCGACAGUGAUAUCAGGGAGCGCUUCAGGGAGUUUCUGGAGUCGGACGUUUUUCCUCCUGGUGUACAAAAACAGUCGGCGAUGUUUCCCGAUGCGCCACAACAUUCAUUGGGCCUAACAUUCGGCGUCGUCGACGAUCGUCAGGGGGAAGAUGAGGAUUCGGAUUCGGGAUUGCCGCCAGGUGCAGGAGUAUCGACUACUUACCCUGAGGAGAAGUUUGCCCUCGCCGACGAUUCGCUACCACCAGUUCUCCCUUCUGCGGCUCAAACCCGGGACUUCGUGGUCGCGGGGCAGUAUGGCGAUGCUCAGGAGGUAACGCAGCCCAAUGUCUCCGCCGCUGUGAUGACUUCAAGCGAACUCGCGCCUUCGUCGCAGCUAGUUGCUGUUGCACAGCCCGCGUCUACCGAUCUCGCAGAGCUUGCUGCGCAAGCCGACGUCUGUAACCCGGAUGUGCAACCUAUCGUAGCACCACCCGCUUCUUUUCAGGGUGAGCUAGUCGGUAUGAAGGAGCAGGAGCAGGGAAAGCCUCCUACUCUGGAAGGACUCACGACGAGCGGCUACGCUGAUACGACGAUGAGCAACACUGUUCACGAUUCCAUCGGUGCUGAGCUUCCCGCGCAAGACCUCAACCCCGCGGCCACCACCACUCAGACGGACGACGAGCGAGUCCGCGAGGAGGGUCGUAAGCAGGCUGGGAUCGUCGACCCGGAGGGGCCUGCGAUGAGCGACAGCAGUGGCCGCGACGACGCAACAAUGAACGACGCCAUCCAUGACUUCCCCGGUGCAGAGCUUCUCGCGCAAGAAGUCAACCCCGCAGCCACCGCCUCUCAGGUGGAAGACGAGCGGCCCCUUGAGGAGAGUCGUAAACAGGCUGGGGUUGUCAAUCUGGACGGGCUUGCGAUGAGCGGCAGCAGUGGUUGUGACAAUGCGACGAUGAGCGAUGUCGUCCAUGACUCCCUCGGUACUGAGCUUCCCGCGCAAGAAGACAACUCCGCAGCCACCGCCGCUCAGGUGGAUGACAAGCGGGCGAGCGAGGGGGGCCCUAAGCAGGGCGAGUCCGUCGAUUUGCCCAGGCAGGCGAUGAGCGAAUCCACUGGUGCUAAGCUUCCCGGACAAGACAUCAGCCUCGCGGCCACCGACGCUCAGACGGACGACGAGCGAGCCCAUAAGGAGAGUCGAAAGCAGCCUGGAGUUGUCGAUCCGGACGGGCCCGUGAUGAGCGGCAGCAGCGGCUGCGACGAUGCGACGAUGAGCGAUGUCGUCCGCGACUCCCUCGGUACUGAGCUUCCCGCGCAGGAAGACAACUUCGCAGCCACCGCUGCUCAGGUGGAUGACAAGCGGGCGAACGAGGAGGGUCCUAAGCGGGGCGAGGCCGUCGAUUUGCCCGGGCAGGCGAUGAGCGAAUCCACUGGUGCUAAGCUUCCCGGACAAGACAUCAGCCUCGCGGCCACCGACGCUCAGACGGACGACGAGCGAGCCCAUAAGGAGAGUCGAAAGCAGCCUGGAGUUGUCGAUCCGGACGGGCCCGUGAUGAGCGGUAGCAGCGGCUGCGACGAUGCGACGAUGAGCGAUAUCGUCCGCGACUCCCUCGGUGCCGAGCUUCCCGCUCAAGAAGACAACCUCGCGGUCACCGCCGCUCAGAUGGACGACGGGCAGGCCCUUGGGGACGGAAGUGAGCGUGAUGGGGUUGUCGAAUCGGGUGGGCAAGCAAUGAUCGACAGCAUCGGCUGCGCCGUUGCGCCGAGGAAGGACGCCGUUCACAGCUCCCUUGACGCUGAGCUUCUAGCACGGAAUGCCAAGAUAUCGAGCUUCGCCGCUCGAAAGGAUAGCGAGCGAGCUGACGCGGAGGGACAGGAGCGGGGCGAACCUCAUCAUCACGAUAGGGUCGCGGCAAGUUGCCGCGCCAAUGCGUUUAUCGGCGACGCUGUGAACGCCUCUGCUGCCACCGAACUGCAAGUUCAAGACACCCCACGCCCGUCUACUGCUCAGCCACCAUCCUCGUUGUCCCCAUGCCCCCCGAUAAGCGUUGAGGAAGGCAGGAGCUUAUCGCCUGCGCCGUCAGCGCCACAGCCUCCAGGUCGGCCUCCGCCGCCGGUUGUCGCCGCGUCUUCUGUCCCUGACAGCAUCGUCUUGCCUGCGGACGAAACCUCGUUCAAAACGUUCCAGCGCGAUCAUGAGAUGUUGCGGAGGUUUGAUGUUGCGCGCGCAGGCAGGGACGCUCAGUCGUUUUGGAAUAGGCUCAUCAAUGCGUGGGCGGCGUUUGAGAAGCAGAACGGAUUUCGGCAGGGAAACGCACUAUUCAGACUAGGAUCUAUCGACUUUCAACGACCUUUCGACCAGCAGGAGUCAAGGAGUGGGUGGAUUGCAGACGGCGCGACCCAAAGCAUCCAAUAG